AUGAGUGGUGAGGACCCCUCCAAAGUAGAUACGAUGCCCCCGGUGUCCGUCUUAGGCCUUUUUCGGUUUGCAACAAAAUUCGAACUCAUGCUGAACUUCCUUGGUGUGAUUGCUAGUACUGGUGCCGGUGGUGCUACGCCCAUUAUGACUCUUUUCCUAGGUAACCUCAUCGAAAGCUUUGUAAACAUUUCGCAAACCAAGUCCUUAUCGGCGUCUGAGGCUGCAUCAUUCAUCGAGCAAUUUCGUCAGAAGGCAACGCAAGAUGCGCUGAACCUCGUUUAUCUGGGUAUAGCCAUGUUUCUUGCGACCUAUAUAUCAGUGACAAUCUGGACGUACACGGGAGAGGUCAUCGCAAAACGAAUUCGAGAGAGCUACUUUAGAGCUAUACUUCAUCAGGACCUCUCAUUUUUCGAUGAUAUUUCGGCUGGAGAAGUAGCUGCGCAAAUUGAGGUUGAUGCGCAUUUGGUUCAGCAAGGCAUCUCUGAGAAGUUUGCCCUUCUGGGCAGUAAUGUCGGUGCUUUUGCUACGGGCAUGAUUAUCGCAUAUAUCAAAUCAUGGCGUCUUGCCCUUGCAUUGACAUCUAUGCUUCCUUGCCUUGUCAUUAUAGGAGCGCUCAUGGCAAUUCUAUGUUCGCGUUGUGCACAGUUCGUGCAGGCAUCGCUCAGUCAUCUUUCUAAAGCAGGAGGCAUCGCUCAGGAGUCACUUUCAACGAUUCGCAUUAUACACGCUUUCGGCGCAGAAAUAAAGAUAUCAACAGUCUACGACCAGUUGAUUCGCUUAUCCCAAGUAUCUGACUUGAAAUUAUCCAAAAUUCAAGGUGUCGGAAUGGCAAUCUUCUCGUUUGUCGUCUAUUCUUCGUACUCCCUAUCCUUUUAUUAUGGAACCACUUUGAUCCAACAAGGGCGAGCCAAUGCCGGUACUGUUGUCACUGUGGGAUUGUGUAUCCUUAUUGGUUCCUUUUCUCUUGGAAUUGCUGGACCCAAUGCACAAGUUGUUAUGCGGGCUCGAGACGCUGCUGCUCAACUUUAUAGAGUUAUCGACCAUACUCCAAUGAUUGACUCAAGAAAAGAAAACGGCCAGAAAUUGACAUCUGUUCAAGGAGAAAUUGUGUUGAAGAACAUCGAUUUCAGCUAUCCCUCUCGCAGAAAUGUCCCUGUUCUCAAAUAUUUAAGCCUUACCUUUCCGGCUGGGAAACGGUCUGCUCUCGUAGGACAUUCCGGGUCCGGAAAAUCGACGAUUGUAGGACUACUCGAACGAUUUUACGACCCAGACGCCGGGAGCGUGUUCCUUGAUGGCGUUGACCUGUGCGAUCUUCAUAUAAAGUGGCUACGCUCUCAAAUUGGCCUUGUGGCACAGGAACCUGUCCUAUUCGCCAUCAGCGUUCGCGAAAACAUCGAACAAGGUUUGUUGAAUACAGCACAUGAACAUUCUUCCCGGGAAAUUCGAUGGGCGCUCGUGCAGGAUGCCUGCAUCAAGGCUUACGCUCACGAUUUUAUCAUGUUGCUACCGGAGGGUUACGAUACCAUGGUUGGUGACGGCGGGUUUCGUUUAUCUGGUGGCCAGAAACAGCGCAUUGCUAUCGCUAGGGCUAUUGUAUCAGAUCCCAGAAUCUUGCUACUAGACGAGGCUACUAGUGCAUUGGAUACACAGUCUGAAGGGAUUGUACAGGCUGCUUUGAACAAAGCAUCCGAAGGCCGUACCACAAUUACAAUUGCUCAUCGUCUGUCUACGGUCAAAGAUUCCGAUGUCAUCUAUGUGCUAAGCAACGGCUCCCUUGUCGAAAGCGGUACACAUGAAGAACUACUUUGCGACGAUCAUGGCGCAUAUACCCAGCUAGUUCGUGCUCAACACUUGGAUCAAGACGAUGCUAGCGUUUCUCAAAGUCUAGACAUCGACGCUGAGGAGACGAAGGGGCAUACCAGAACGUCUUUUGUGAACAAAGAUAUUGAUAUCUCAAACGAGGAAGAUUUGAAGAGUACCUUGACCCAUCCCAGCACGGAUGAACUGGACCGCGCAGGCCGUUUUACCUUAGCUUUUAAGUUGGCUUCUCUUAUACCACACACUCGCAUGAUCUAUGUGUGUGGCACCUUUUUUGGUAUCUUGGGUGGACUGGUACAUCCUGGUUUUGGAAUUGUCUACGCUAAAGCUCUUCAAACAUAUCAAAACACUGGUAGUCCAGACUUCAGAACCCAGGGUGACCGAAAUGCCCUGUGGCUUUUUAUUAUAGCCAUAUGCUCUACCUUAUCGUUGGCAAUGCAUAACGUCUUGUUUGGGAAAGGUGCUGCCAUUCUUACUACAAAGCUCAGAUUACUAGCUUUCCAAGGACUGCUGCACCAAGAGAUUUCUUUCUUUGAUAAAGACUCGAAUAACCCGGGUGUCCUAACGGCGAAUUUGGUUGGUGGCCCCGAGAAGACAAAUGGUUUUGUCGCAAUGACUCUUGGCGCCGUUCUGCAAUGCAUUUCCUGUUGCAUUGGCGGGUCAAUAAUUGGGCUUAUCUUUGGGUGGAAAUUAGCUCUUGUGGGAAUAGCAUGUAUGCCACCCAUCGUUACUUUGGGUUUAAUCCGACUCCAGUUAGUUGCAAAUAAAGAGAAAGCCAGCAAAGCAUCUCACGAUGAAUCUGCUCAAAUUGCUUGUGAAGCUGCAGUAUCCAUCAGGACCGUAGCUGCACUCACUCGCGAGGACCAUACAUGCUCAUUGUACAGUGACGCAUUGAAAGCACCGCUUCGGCAAUCUGUCAAAGCGGGGAUUGUUAGCAAUGCUAUCUUUGCGAUGUCUAUAUCUGUCAUUGUUUUUGUCGUUGCAUUGGUUUUCUGGUACGGAUCAGGUCUCGUUACUACUGGGGAGUAUACGACGUUCCAAUUUUAUGUUGUUUUUAUGAGCACCGUAUUUGGCUCAUGGAAUGCAGCCAACGUGUUUACGUCUGUUCCAGACAUUACCUCUGCUGCAGAUGCUGCUCGUGACAUUCUGAAAAUCAUGAAGACGAGCAAAUCCAACAUCGUCACCAAUGAUGAAAAGGCCGUAUCGUCAAGAAUGUUCGAAAAUGUACAAGGAGGUGUUCAUUUUCAAGAUGUGUCCUUCUGCUAUCCUACGAGGCCCGAGGUUUCUGUACUCCGCGGUAUCAACCUAUCUAUCAAACCAGGAGCCUAUACCGCAUUCGUAGGAGCAAGUGGUUCAGGCAAGAGUACCAUAAUUCAACUGAUCGAACGAUUCUAUGAACCGACUUCUGGGUCCAUUUAUUUUGAUGAAAAUUGUUUGUCGGCGCUAGAUGUCAACGAAUACCGCAAACACGUUGCAUUAGUAUCACAGGAAUCUAAAUUAUACAGCGGUACCAUCCGGUUCAAUAUCUUGCUUGGCUCCACAGGUGCUAUGGCCAACAUAUCCGAUGAAGAAAUCAAACGAGCAUGCAGCAUCGCGAAUAUCCUUGAUUUUAUAGAAUCACUGCCCAAUGGUUUCGAGACAGAAGUAGGCGAACGAGGCUCCCAGCUUUCUGGCGGUCAGAAACAACGUAUUGCUAUAGCACGCGCAUUAAUUCGGAACCCCAAGCUUCUACUGUUAGAUGAGGCAACGUCUGCUCUUGAUGCAAAUUCGGAGGUCGCAGUUCAGGAAGCACUCAACAAUGCAGCAAAGGGUAGAACAACGAUUGCUAUAGCCCACAAGUUGGCUACUGUCCAGCAUGCUGAUCAUAUUUAUUUCAUAAAGGACGGGAAGGUGAACGAGAUGGGAACUCAUGGUCAACUCAUGGCUCGUCGUGGCGGGUAUUGGCAGUUUGCAAAACUUCAAGAGUUGGAAAAAUAGAAUUCACUAUAUCGCUCUCUAGGGUAAAGUUCAUCUUGACAACGUCGUCAUUACUGUAGAUGAUACUAUAUCGAUCCACUAUACUAAUUAGGUCAGCAAGGGAGAUAAUGAUACUGUC